UAAUAUAAUAGCAACAAUGAGCAAGCAAAAAAAUCUGUGAACUUGUCAACUUUUCAUCAAAUAAAUAAAAUUAUACUUAUGAAUUAAGGAGUCUACUUACUUACUUUGUUAUUGUUACAGAGUUAAAUAGGCUUGGUUGAAGAAGAAGAACGCAGUUCUCAGUAUACGGAAAGAAGAACAUUACUGGAAUCAAGUUACAAAAGAGGCAGACGGUACGUGGAACGGUGGAAGUGCAAGCGGUGUGGACGUCAGUUUAGUGGUGGUGCUUCUCGAAUUAAAGCUCAUGUCGAUCGGAUCCGGGAAAAGGUAUCUCUAUAUGCUCUGCUUCACCUCAUCAUAAUCAUUUACAACCACAACCACAACAAACUGAAAAUCCAAUGAAUCCAGGGGAAGUGGCAGCUGAAGAUGAUGACCAUGAAAUAGUUGAUGCCUUCUUUGGAGGUUUAAUGCAGCAUUCAAUUAAUAUUAUUAGUCAACCCAUCAACUUGCUGGGAGGAUCGGCAGCGGUGACCCAAAGCAACAGUUAAAUGAAUUGUUGCAUGAUUUAACUCUUGAAGAAGACGACAUUAAGGGAGAGUUAGAGUGGCUCAAGUCUGAGGGCAAGCAGAGCGAAAGACGAGUUGAUGAUUGGUUGAAUAAACUGCAACAAUUGAGAAACAAAGUUGGUGAUUGCUUGAAUCUUGCUAUGGGAGCAGUUCAUUAUUUCAAUGAAAACCAUCCACACUAUCUCACACAAAUACAACAAUUAACUGCACAAGUGAUCAAGCUUAAGAAAGAAAAGCCUGUGGUGUUGUCAAAUGAAUUUGUUGGUGAAGAUUUCGAGAGAAAUGUUAAGAGCAUGCAGAAACUUGUUGGAGACGAGGAAGUCUUUAUGAUUGGGAUACAUGGAAUGGGAGGGGUGGGUAAAACAUGUCUUGCAACUUAUAUGGAAACUCAAAUCAUAAGGAAAGGAACUUUCAACUGCGUUAUUUGGGUCACGGUGUCUCGUGAAUACAGCAUUUCAAAGCUUCAAGAAGACAUUGCCAGAAGAAUUGGUGCAAAGCUUAAUGGAGAUGAUGAUGAGAGAACAAGAGCAGCACAUUUGUCAUCCGCAUUAUCAGAGAAAGGAAAAUGGGUGCUUAUUUUGGAUGAUGUUUGGAAAUUUAUUGACCUGAAAAAGGUGGGAAUCCCUCGUUGUAGAAUCAAUGGUUCUAAAUUGAUUAUAACAAGUCGGUUAAAACAUGUGCUUCGACAAAUGGAUUGCCCCACAAGUAAUAUAAUAACAAUCUAUCCUCUCUCUUGUUUUGAUUAUUCAACUGAAGGUUUAGACUUGUUUCUUUUAAGACUUGGUGAAGAUUACAAAACACCUGCAACCUUAUCUCCUAGAAUAUUGGAGAUUGCAAGGAAUAUUGCAUGGGAAUGCGGUGGUUUACCGCUUGCAAUCAGUGUAAUGGCUAGAACCAUGAAAGGCGUUGAUAACAUUCACCAGUGGAGACAUGCGAUGAAUAAACUUAAGAGAGGGGAGAUGGUGGGAGAGAUGGAAGAAGAGGUAUUUCAAGUAUUAAAAGCGAGCUAUGAUAACUUAACACAUAAAUCCAUGCAAAAUAGUUUCUUGCAAUGUGCAUUAUACUCUGAGUUCUGGAAGGAUGACAAAAUAAUAAUGAAUCUGGUUGACAGUGGAGCCAUAAAUGGGAGGAGCAGAUUAGACGCAAUUUUCGAUGAAGGCCAUACUAUAUUCAAUGAACUUGAAGACCAUUCAUUAUUGCUUCGUUUUGGGGAUAUGCAGAAUUCAGUAAGAAAUAUGGCAUGUUAUAUAUUGAAAGAAUCUGAGAGGUUGAUAGUUAGAUGUGGUAAAGAAUUGACAGGAAUACCUCACCUGCAGGAGUGGACUGCUGAUUUGGAGUUAGUUUCUUUGGAUAGAAACAUGAUAAAAGAAAUCCCAGCGGGUAUAUCACCCAACUGUCCAAGAUUAUCCACCUUGAUUCUGAGUAGUAAUUGCAUCAGUAGCAUCCCAGAAUGCUUCUUCACACACAUGAAAUCUCUAGCAAUACUUGACCUAUCUCAUAAUCGCAGGUUAACCUCUCUGCCGGAUUCCCUGUCGGACUUGACUUGUCUUGUUUCUCUACUGCUUCAUGAAUGUUACGCUCUGGCAAAGGUGCCUCCAUUGGGAAGGCUUCAAAAAUUGUCAAGGUUGGUAAUUUCACAGACUAAAGUUGAGGUAGUUUUAGGCUUGGAAAUGCUGACAAACUUGAGAUGGCUGGAUCUAUCUUUCAAUAAAAAGUUGAGGUUGGAAUCAGGGAGGGUGCUGCGUGGUCUGACCAAUUUGCAAUAUCUGAAUCUCUUCGACGCAACUCUGCUAAAUGUUGAAAUAGAGGAUGUACAAGGGCUGACCACACUUGAAUAUUUUCUGGGUGGCUUUAAUGACUGCAAAAGCUGUCACAAUUUUGUUGCAGGUAUAUGGAGCACAGGUUCUGCUUCUGCACUCAAAUCUUAUCUUCUCUAUUUGGGUAGUCUCGAUAACUCUCGAUGGAUUUUUGAAUCUUAUCAUCGUAUUGGUCCAGGUGGUAACGACCACCAAAUUUUACAUUUAUUAGAUGGCGAAGAAUCCCCUCAUUUGCUGCCAAAAGAUCUUACCAAAAUCUCUAUUGAAUGUAAUCCGCGUUGGAAAAGUUUAUGUGAUGCUCUGUCAAAUAUUACUCCUUCUUCUUUGGAGAACAUUCAAAUUGAGAGAUGCACAGAAAUGAAGAGCGUGCUUUGUUCAUUUGGUAAUUGUUCCUUUUGCAGUAAUCUCAAGAACCUUCAAUCCUUGCAGCUUUACCAUUUGGAGAGCUUAACAGUCAUUUGUAAAGAUGUUACUGCUACUGAUACAACAACACAAUCUCUCAAACCAAAUGCCGUCUUCUCUCAACUCAGGAACUUGGAGAUCUUCAAUUGCAAUGAGAUAGAAACGUUGGUAACAGCAGGGUUAUUGCCCCAACUUCAAAACCUGCAGACAUUAAUUGUAGAGAGUUGUGAAUCAUUGAGAGAAAUAUUUGCAGCAGGUAGCAGUGAUGCUGAUAGUGAUGAUGCUGCUUCCACCGUCAUUACACUCCCCAACUUAACCUCACUCGACUUGUGUAACUUGCCAAUGUUAGAGACUGUGUGCAAAGGAAUUAUAAUCUCUGAAUCAUUCCCGAAAUUGGACAUCCUUCUGUGUCCCAAGUUAGAAAGUCGGUCUCCAUUUGAAGUCUCAUCGUCAUCAUUUACUUCUUCCACAUGACUUUCUUUUGGGCUCUGGUAAGGUCUCUACUAUGGUUCAGAGGUAACAUAAUGAUUUCUAUAUUCAGCUUGUAAUGGAAUAACUUCUGCAGGGCUGCGUCACUGAAAGUGGGCCGAACGACAUUUUGGGUUUGACUUAUUUGCCUUUGGGCUUGCAGCUUUUGUUUUUCCUUAUCAUGUGUUCUAUUGAAUAAGGUGUAGCCCUGUGUGAAAUUUGUGUCCAACAUCAACAUGUGUGUUAGGUUGUGAACAUUUUCAAUUUAGUGGUUUCCAAUAAUUGACACAUCUAUAUAAUGUUCCAUAGGGGAUUUUGAGU